AUGCUCGUCCUCGUCUACCUCCUCUCCCUCCUCCCCUUCGUUUUUGCCACGUUUGGCAACAAGCCCAUCUGUGGCACUACCACAGUCGGCUGCACCCGUACAACCACUGUUCCCGGCUCGGCGACCACCACUGUUACCCACACUGUCCCGGCUUGGUGCACUACCACUGUGACUAAGCCCACAACCGAGUGCAAGACCACGACCGUGACUUCGACUGGUACCGUGACCAAGACCCCCACCGUCAUUGUCACGGGCACUCCCACCGCCACCCGUACUCUGACUGUUUGCGCCGCUACGUCUACUGUCUGUGCGAACAAGUGGAAGAAGGACGAGAUCCCCAAGCACCUCACGAACGCCGAGCGCAUGCAGCUCGGUCUGCCUCUCCGCAGCCCCCAGGAGGAGAAGCGCUUCUUCUGGCCCGUCGGCCCUUCGUGCACCCCCACGACCGUGUCUUCGACUGCUUGGGUCACCAAGACCACUGCCCCUUGCGCCACCACCAACGUCCAGAGCUGCCUCCUCACCAAGACUUCGUACAUCCCCACCAUCACCCUCGUCACCAAGACCUCUACUUGCUACAGCACUAUCACCGCUCCCCCCGUUACGUCCACCAAGCCGUGCAGCAACCCCACCACUACCGUCACCGUCCGCACCACCGCCACGGUCACCAGCAAGUGGUGCUGGUAA